AUGUCCGUACGUCUUGGCGGUGCACUCAAGGAGUUGAGGAUCCACUUAUGCCAAACAAGCAAGCAAUCAGCUGGUGUUAGAGAGUUUAUCCAAAAGAAUUAUGUAAAUAUCAAGAAAGAGAAUCCAAAUUUCCCAAUACUAAUUCGUGAAUGUAGUGGAAUUCAACCUCGAGUUUGGGCGAGAUAUGACAAAGGUUUUGAAAAGAGCGCUCCAUUAACUAACUUAUCAUCCAAUGAUGUUUUAUCAGCCAUCAAACAGCUUGCGAAG